CGCGUGUUUCACACGUACACCCAAUGAGCUACCGAUCACUGAGCUAUAAUAUCGAAAAAUAUUUCUCAGUAUAGAGCGAGCAGCGGAGCAAAUAAGUUCAAAUUUUAUUAACUUGAUGAGUUGUUGCGGUAUAAAGUUCGAUUCCAAUUGAAUAAACAAAAUGGAUAAUGAAAUGAUAUUAGACUUCAGUGAUUAUAGCAAGGCAUAUGCGCGCAUUACUGAUAAGUGGAAACGUCUCAACACACGAGACCUUAAUAAUCUAAAUCGAAAACAUAUGAACAAAGCAAUAAAAGCAUUUAAGCAGAAUUGGAAGCCCACUAAGGAUACGACAAUGUCUUUAUUGGAUCUGAAUGAUGCUUGUUUACAAAAAAUUGUGAAAUACGCCAAGAACUUUGAGAAAUUCGCAACAAGUAACAAAGAAAUUGAACAUUGGAGCUUGACUUGCACAACACUCAAGGAGUUUUAUAAUAUGGAGUUACAAAAGAUAAGUACUGUUAUGAAGACCAAAGUCUUAAAAUUAAAUGAUGAUAAAAAGAUGCUAGAUGAAAUAAUUCAGCGUAAUCUUGAUAUUGUUGAAGUGCGUGGCGAUGAUUUGAUCGACUCAGACCUUAGUGUACUUGAUUUUUUUCCGGGUAUAAAACGUUUGACGUUACGAAACUCUCGGCUCACAGGAAAACAUAUAAACGAGCUCACCGACUUGGAGGAACUAGAAUUAAACGAAAUCGACGGUUUUAUACCGAAAAAUCUGAGUCUAAUUUUUAAAAACAAUGAACUACGCAUUUUGAAAUUGAUGUAUGUACCAGGAUCGUUCACAGAACAUUUCGCCUAUGAAAUCAGUCAAAAUUUAAUGAAACAAGAAGGAAAAGAUAUGCAACAACUGGAGGAAUUGGCUAUAAGUUUGGAUGGCAUAGACGGUUGGCAAGCGCUCGGUCCUUUGUGUUAUUUAAAGAAAUUAGAAAUGCAUACAGGCAAUAUGCGAUUUCAAAACUGUCGAUAUUUUUUCAACGAAUUAAGUAAAAACAUAAACUUGCAGGAAUUGAAAAUCGUAAAUCCCACUAACAGAUUGACUACAGAUGAUUUAGAAAUUAUAACGAUGCUGAGAUAUUUAAAAUAUUUAACUAUUAACAUGAAAUUUGCAAAUUACUUCCAACCGUUUAGUAAAUUUUCAUAUUUAGUGGAAUUACAUCUACCUAAAGUGAACAUCUGUUUUAAACAUAUCAUAGAAAUGCUCUCUGAUUGCUGGCGACUAACCGUAUUUGAAUGCUAUAAGAUCGUUGAAUUUAGAGGCGAACAAUUUUUUGCCGCCGUCGAUUUAGUAAAAGCUCAAAAUCGAGAUAAAUUACCAGUAAGAGUGCUAGUAACAGAUGAUAGAACAUUAAAGACCAAAGUGAGAAAACAUACUGAUGUUAUAGUUUUUGAACGCUCUCACUAUUUUGACGAUGUAUAAAAAGUUAAAACGAUAGCAAAAAU